AUGGAAGGUAGGAUCCAAGCUCUUCUCGCAACAUUUCUAGUUGUGACUUUGUGUGCUACUACUUUUGUUAAACCGGCGCUAGCUCAACUUCCUACAAUUCCUGGAUUUCCUUCCAUUCCCGGCUCUCCUGUCGAUCUCACAAAAUGUUGGUCAUCGCUCUUAAACGUUCAAGGUUGUGUAAUGGAAAUCUUCAAAUUUGCUUUCACGGGUAAGUUUGAAAACGUUGGAGCUAUGUGCUGCAAAGAGUUUAUGGAAGUGGAUGCAAAGUGUUGGCCACAAAUGUUCCCGUUCAAUCCAUUCUUCCCUCCUCUUCUCAAAGAUGGCUGCUCUCGCAUUAACGUAGCUCCUCCCACACAUAACUAG